AUGACCGUAACCGUCACCGUAUUAUACCCACCAGGCAAGUUUGACUUGGACUAUUAUCUGAAUAAGCACAUUCCCCUUGUAGCUAAGGUAUGGGGCCCAAAGGGCAUGAAGGAUUGGAGGGUUGUCAAGAAUGGGCCGGGGCCAGAUGGUGCUGAUGCCCCCUACCAAAUUGCCUGCGUAAUAACUUUCGAUUCCGCCGAGAGUCUGCAGGCAGCCUUGACCGAUCCUGGUUCAAAGGAAGUGUUUGAAGACCCUAAAAACUACACGGACGAAGUUUCCAGAAAAGCCAUCUUCCUAGCUGGCGAGACCGUUGCAAGCGGAUAG